GGGCAAACUAUGUGUCGCUGCUCGCUUUGUGAUGUGGAGAACCGGUUGUAUCUUAGCUGCACGGACUGAUGGAAAAAGCGAAAACUGGUAAGCUAUUAAGCUUUUCAAAAGGCAGAGAAUGUUGGUCAGUCUUAUUUAUUGGUUAUCCACCUGCUCGCUUGGUAAAGAUCACUUUUUCCUUUGAUGAUUAGCGUCAAUGUUAGUAUUAUAUAUGCAAAUUUCGUCCCCCGUUAUAUCAUUUUCAGAAAAGACCCCGUGAUAACAUGCGUAAGUCCUAAUCUCGAAAUGUUUUAAAUUCCUUUCUUUCUAAGUUUCAUCCAAUCACUCAUACUGCAAGAACUGAGAAAAUAUUUAUACAGGAAGUCGAAGGAAGAGAAGAGUAAAAAUGAGUAAAAUGCACCGGCGUUGUUGUAGGGAUUACUCGUUCCGCGCUCUUCCGAUCCGUGGAUUACUGAGAAGACACGUUUAAUCUACAGUGUUGUCUUUUUUUGUAACGUUAGGAAAAUUCAUUGUAAAGUGAGAGAAGAUUAGACAUAUCUAUUUUAAUAUUCAAGUAUUUUUAUCUCACUCAAAGUUCAAUAAUUGAACAUAGUACAGAAAACCAUGUCCGCCAAACAAACGAGUUUAGCGGUGGAAUCUCUAACAGAAAUUAGGAUCAGUAAAGUGGUUAUUCGUUAAAAACAGAGCGUCAAAUCCAUUCUUAUUGUUUACUACUCCUUACUGGUGGUGCAGAUCAAGAAGACAUAACAGGAUAAAAUAGAAUAAAAGAAUGUUAAAAAAAUCAUCCUUCGAACUGUGAAAAAAAAAAGAAAAAAAAACACCGAUAAGGUUGUGUUUCAAACUGAAAUGUCAGAAGCCAAGAACCAGAAUGCAUAACAUCAUUGACUUAAAUUUUAUUCUGUGGUGAUCUUUUUCUCAUUGCCGCAUUAUCAGUUUGCCGCUCUUUUGCUUUCAUUAUAAUAAUAUCAGCAUUUUUUCUAAAAAAAAAAACAACAAAAAACAACAUACACAAAACGAAAACAAAGUGUUCCGAUAAACUACUCCUUUUUGCGUUAGCUCCGACUAGUUUGAUUUGUGCUGCAUGCUUUCAGGUCUUAAAAAAUCACGAUCUCAAUUUUUAACUCUUAAGACAAGAGCUCUCUUCUCCAUGAAUUUUCCGUGGGAACGGGCUUUCUACAUUUGUUUGAGAUUAGGUUGAGAAGGUGAAACUUCGUUCUGUCACUUUGGAUGUCCUUAGUUACAGCAACUCGAGCAUGGGCACCAUCUGAAGAAAGCACUGUAUAAUUUCAAUCUUGACUAUCAGUUCUAGGCAUGGCAAAAGCUUUGUCUAUAACUUUAAUUUUUUGGACUGAAACGUUUUCGGAGCACUAAUGCGGCCAAUACCUUUCGCUUUGACGCCCUUUAACCCAGGAUCCUUCGUUUCUGGGAGAGCGGAAGAAUUGCCUCCCACACUAAAAGGGAAGACUGAAGGACCGCCUGAUCGCAGGUUCCUUUAAAGAGGGUAGCACGCCUGCGUUGGAGGUUUCCUCGGUUGCGUGCGAGCUAGCCAAACAAAUUCAAGAAUUCUUGAAUCUAAAAAGAUGUUUAAAUCGAAAUUUCUUUUCGCGGUUUUUCAGCUUGUUAGUUCAACCCGGGCCGUGGUUUCAUCCCUUUUCGUGGAUGUUACAGAUGAGUGGAACGUGCUCAGACAAACAAGGAAGCUUUGUUUGAUUUUCAGUUUUUCAAGAAACCGCAAAUUGCUAUAUCUUUCCUUAUCAACAAAAUUCACUGUAUGAUCUGCACUUCAAAGCUUAUUAAAACACUUUCCGGCUUUUAACUAUUUUAAGCUUGUCUCUCUUAGAAUGGUUGUUUAUAUUACGUGUUAGUGGUUCUACGGAAAGGGUUAACGAAGAAAAAUAAAUUUAAAAAAGUUCAAUCUGGCGCCACAAAAAAGAGAAUGACAGCGGACCGAUAAACUCUAGCACAAAGAUAUCUCUUAAAAGGAUAAUGCUUUGUAGACAUAAUUAUGUCCAGCUUUCUCUUCUUUAGUUACAGGAUGGAAACAUGUUUUCUGGAUAAAUAUUCGUUGCAAAAACAAUUUGUUUAAGCUUUUUUGCUCUUGAGUGACACCCAAAAUGAAUUAUUUCAGUGGCUUAGACUAAGAGGUAACUUGCUCCGCGGCAUUGAUUUUGAAUUAAACGUAUGAUAAGUCUUAAAACGCAGAAAGCUUCAUUAUUGCAUUACAUCCAUGGAUAGAGCCAGCAUACGUGACAUUUUACUGAAGUGUUAUCCUGCGUAAUCUUUAAACUUCUUUUGCCAUUGAGAGCGACACGAAACAGUACGAAAGAAAACACGGAAAGUGGCCGUUCAUGAACUUUAGCAAGGAAAAUCAAGAUAACCUAAAAAGCAAAGAAACUCAGCACCGUACAUUGCCAGAGAAACUUUAGCAGCAACCGAAGCCAGUCAACAGGGAAUACGUAAGUGAAUAAAACCAGUAAAACCAGAAAUUAAAGGGGAGGUUCAAAGGGGAAAGAUAUCACGACGUAGUUUUAGUUUCAAGAUCCUCAGCUUUGCUUUGUUUAGCAGUUGUAAUGAAUUCUCAAUUCAGUGAUUCAGACCCCGUUUUUGGCACGGGUUCGGACAAAUAUUUACCUGUGCAAUGAGUUUACACGGAACCGGGCAAAUUCUGUUACAGAUUGCAGUACUUGUGUACGAGUCCAUACAGCACUUUACCGUCCAAACAUUUACACGGUUCCGCGGGUGCCGUGUAAACGAAAGGCGGAUCCGUGCAAGUUUUUGUCCGUUUAAAAUUUGUCCGUGUCCGUGAAAAUGGAGCCGGGACUCAGAUGUGUAAAGAACUCAGAUCUACACGGUUUACUGUUUGCCCGGAGGGGGGCACUUUAGGAAUUUCUGGGUGGGGAUGUGCCGCUGGGAGCCUGGAACCCUUAACCUUUAAAGAGCUUUGUUCAGUACGUCAAAGUAAACUGAAAUCCCCUAUCCUAGGACUUCUAGAAAAAUUUUCAUCUUUUUCCCGUUUUGGAUCAAACACUCUGUUUAAUAUAUCCUUUGUAAACUGCUUGAAAACCAUACCCUUCACAGCGGCACAUACCUAUAUAGCCCAUAUAUGGCAGUACCCCCCCCCCCGGGACUGUUUGGCAGUUUCUCCCAUGGGAUGCCGGAAUCUUUGCGGUACGUCAAAGUAAUGAGUGGACUUCCGAACACUUUUUGUUUUGGAUCAGUUAAAUAUAUCUUUUGUAGUAUUGAAAGUGAGGCCAGGCUGGAUUCUUCCUCUCUUUAUUGCCUAUACAGUAAAGAAGAGGAAGGAAAACAGUAUUAGCUCAGACUUAUCAGUGGAUCAUAUCACAAUCAAUGCAUGAUUAUAGUCAAAAAAGCCCACAACCAUGUUAAAACUACUGAUAAAAUCUUGAGGGGUAUUCAAAGAGUUUGUUUAGACCUACAAUUAGCCUGUUCUAGGUUCCAGAUAGUAAUGUGAAGAGAUAGUAGAAUAGGCCCCCCUUAGAUAUCGCGACCGCCACUGGUCUCUUCCCCUGAUCACGUGAGUCUUGUUUUCGCUUGGCUUGUUCUAUCCUCGCGCGCGGGUCGCGACGUUGCUAGCCGGACAUGGGCUAGUUAAGACCAUAAUACUUGUAUGUCUUAUGCACGGCGUUUAUUUACUCACAGAUGAAAGGGGCAUUUCUCUUCAUUUUUCCCUCUUGACCUGUGCCAUGAUUUUCCUUUCUGAUAUCGUUACGUAGUUGUUGACCGUUCUUAUGUAGUAGGCGUGCUCUCAGAUAACGCUCUGUUUUUAACUCUAUCUUCUUUCGGCCUGGCCUCGGGGUUACAAUGAAGUUCAAAGGCUUCGACGAGGAGCAGCUUGCGAAUAUUUUUAUCCGUGCUGUUAAGAACGUGAUUGACUUAGUAAACUUGCCAAGUGAGAAAGUGAUACGUCUGAACCGAGUUAAGAUAUAGCUUCAGAAGGGGGCGAAAUUUAACAGCUGUUGGUAUUAUGGGGUGCACAAUCAACCCUCACCAUAGAAACGCCACUCUGUACAAUGUUACGUCUUUGCGGAGCUGUGUCUUCAAUAGCUACAAUGCUCUAGCUUUCAACAAAUCUCUCUCAAACUAAACUUAACUUAUUAAAACACGUCCUUUUCAGCGGCGUCGAAGAAUUUUUGCUAUGUGCUCCAUGUUACAAGUUGAAAAAACGGUAGUUGCUAUAUCCACUGAAAACCGGUCAAGCGACCCUGUAUUGUACUAAAAGCGACUUUAAAGAAAAUCAGGAAAGUUGCACUACAGCAUAACAAACAAACUGAGUACGGACACCUCAUCACGGACAGCUCAUGGGACCGGUACCAAGUGUCUGCAGUCUGAGAGAGUUGUCCACCUGAAGAACGGCAGACACUAAUAUAACAGUAGGCGUUCAGGGAGUUGUCCGUCGUUUCGUAGUAGCCUGAGUAUCAGGCGUUUCUGGGGGAAAGAAGCGAAAAAGGGAGAGAGCUGAAGGAGGGGGCUUCUCCCCCUCCCCCUCCCCCACCUAUAAUCUCCGCUCCCCUAGCCCCUUAGGAAGGCCUGAUACUCUCUAUAGCCUAUAGGCUAUAGCCUCCCACGCGGACGUCCUUUUGGCUCGUCACGCACCCCUAGGUACGCCUGCGUGGGAGGCUAGUUGUGUCGAGGCUUCCUUAAGAGAGAGAUGAAUGUAACUUUUUCUGUGAAGAUAACGAACACCUCUCUCUAUAUGUGCACACAUGUUGCCAUGUUUUACGAUGUGAAACAUGUAGAAUAAUUUUGUGAGCUCCCUGGACUGGACAAAUGGGUUUAUUGACAAAUCACUGUCACUUAUUGCAAACCGAGACUCCGGUGCUUCCUUACUAAUUUGUCGAACGGGCAUCAUCGUCGUCGUGCCAACAUUUUUUCUGAGUGAAAACAACUGUGUACUCCGUUUUCUGAAUUCUGAAACUCUCAUUUUUUUUCAUAUUUCAAUCAAUUCUAACUGACCAGGUAUUAAUUUCUGAAAUUGCCUUAACGUGCGUGAUCUCUCCCUUCUAAGACUAGAAUUUUAAUUAACAACCGCCGCAAAUGGUAAGGGAUCAAUCAAUUAACGAAUCAACGUAAUCGCAAGAGUAAGUUUUCUCAGAUUAUCACCAUAAGAAGGAAUUGCAUGCAGCUAAAGCAUUAUGGAUAAUCUGAAACAGCUCCCAAAAGAUGAGCCAAAAUAAACUGCUCGUUAUGAUUUGUUAUGUUAACGGAUUCUUGAGAUAACAGCGCAACAGGAAUGCUAACAGCAGAAAUGUAAGACUUUACUCAGUUGAAAGAGAAAAAUAAAAGCCGCUGAGUUUCCUUCCCCUUUGUAAGACAAUUUGACCUGUGAAUCACUUUGUUAAACAAUCACUUAACACUUAUGCCAGUAGAAAAUCCCAUUUGUCUAAUUAUGCCAAGGUCAAUAUUCUUGUCCCAAAAAAGGCAAUAAAGAGGUUAACGAAACCAUCUAAGAAUCUAAUUUAAUUUUUUUACUUGUGCAUUGCACUCAAUAAAUCUCUUUUGUAAAAUCAAUUUUUGAAAGGAAUGGUUGACAGAAACUUUAGAAAAGUGUAUGUGUUGCAAAGAAAUGCCGCAAAUGCACUUAAAGCUUUUUCAAAAUUAUUGGGAUUUUCAUACCGAGCACAGAUCUGAAAGGGCAAGUUUCCCUUGCCCCGAAAUCAAGGCUAAAGCCACGCGAAGGCCAAAACGCUCUAUUGUCCCAUCCUUGAUUUGGGAUGUGUCGGAGGUUCUUAAUGUCCCGUUGUCCAAGGAUUUUAUAAACUUGCUGGGUAAAGACAAAGGAACAUAUCUCCGAUCCAAAUCCAGUAAAUCAGUCAAUUUAAAUGUGGCGAGGCUCUUGUGCCAAGCUGCAGCUGAAGCAGUGCUCCGAGACUCCUCUGCAUGCAUUCAAAACGAGGAGUUUUUUUGGCCAACGACUGUCGUCUUAGUGCGGUGAGAAAUAAUGUUCUUUGCAAGUUUCUGUUACAGUUUUAUCGGUAUAAGAAACAAGAUAGGCAUGUAUGCAUGAUAUAGAUUACCGCGAGUGAGAGACGUAAGAGUCAGGUAUAUUUCUUUAUAACAUUAAUGCCGCACUAUCUGUAAAAGAAACCUAGUUCGUCCGGUGGCCGAACCUCGUUUCUACACUCCAACUAGUGUACCAAACGGCUUUUUCACCUGCCAGCUGACUUGGAGACUCGCGCAUAAGAUAUCUUAAGCUAAGGUUUGAUAUGGAGAAACGAGUAACGGCAAAACAUAGGUGAGUUCUUAAAAAUUUAGAAGGGCUUAUUUUCUCUUUUCGUUUACUCUGCACGCGGAUUCUUUAACGAAUUCUGCUCUGAUGAUCCAAGACAUCCAAGGUCGUUAGCCCUAAUUAAGGAGCUGGGAGUCAGGGCGAGCGAUAUUAAUUUUUUUUGAAUAACUCAAUUAACUUAACGUUAUAUCGUCAUGGCAGAUUGACGUCAUGGUUUGCCUUUUGCUGAUUCCGUUCGCUUCCUGUCCAGUCAACAGUAAUAAAUCAAUCAAUAAAAAACUGACCUUUUAGGGUAACAAAUUAUUGGUAAGCCAGUAGUUUUCAUUGUGGUCCACGAUGUUAAGAUUCCCAACUGGCCAGAGUCAGCAGUUAAAGGACUCGGGACGAACAGAGAACAACUCCGGCUGGCGCAGCCUCCAGGCCAGUUGGCGCUAUUUAAGUGACCAGAGGAGGCUUGGAACCGAGUGCGAUAGCGGCGAAUUUGAUUUGUGACGUCACAUUCGAAAUGGCCGAGGACGACGGGAACUAGGCUGCAGGAAGGGGCUAGGGGAUUGAUCUCGGAACCUCCAUCAGAUUACAAUAUUCCAGCGCUAUAUACCGCUCAUUCACGCUGCCUUCUGCUGGCCGAUACUAACAAAGCAAUACAACUAGCUGUAAGUACUUCACUUAUUCGGGCCUACGAACUCCUAAGAAGUUUCCUUGUGUUCGGGGACAAUCAAAUGUCCAAAGAAUGCCAAAUUGAAUCUCUUUAGAAGGUUAAGAAGAGCGUUUAAGAAGGCCCUAGCAAUCAUUGACAUGGUUGUUUUCCUGCGGAUUUCAUUAUGUCAGUAAAUUGAGCCUCUUUUCGAGUUUCGACAACCCCGCUGAACACUUGUAAAAUGCGUUAUUGACUAAGCUUUUUUGGUCAAGAUGUCUUGACUUUGUCCAAGUUGCUUUCUGCAUUUAUAACCUGGAGGUCUUUAACAUACUGAAAAAAAGACGAGGCUAAUCGAGCCAUCUUGAUCGAACAAACUUGGUCAAUAAAGGAUUCAAGAUUGUAUGGCCAAAAAGGGAACUUUUUUUUAAAUGAAAGAAGAUCGUCGCAAUUAUAGACGCAACUUUUGCAGUUGCGAAAAGAUAACCUGAAAUAAUUCAGGCUUGUAAGAGAUCCAAAGAAAAGGACACUAGAAGCAAGUGCACGUUUUAGAGAGGUGUCCGGUGAAGGUGUUCUUUGGAGAAAACUGACUAGCUGUUUUGCCAUUUAAUCUUUAUUUCCCUCAACCUGAGAUGACCACCCUGAAAAUCAAUGGCAACUCAUUUUGACGGAAAAUGAGCAGCCUUCCGGUUUGGGUGUGAGAUCAAACCUAUUUUCGAAACACUUCAGAAACGGAUGAUGCGAUCGUUUGCUUGCAGUAGCUGGAAUAACUAAGCAUGAGUUAUCUUCAUUCUCAAUUUGUACAACCUUUUCUCACUUUCUUAUCCUUGGCUUUUUGCCGUCUGUUGUUCCGAGAAUUAUUCCUUUUUCCUUCGUCAAGUUGGUUUGAAGAUGACCACACCUACCUCAAUGACGAACGGUCAAUUCUAGGAACCAGGGACAACCAUUACUAAAAAACAAAAAUAAUUUUUAGGAAGCCCAACCUAAUUUGCGUUGGACAUUCCGGAAGAUAUCCUCUUGUUAGUAGCUGUUGAAGGUGAUUGAGGUCAGGCUAAUCUACUGAUUAGAACAGUUGCUCAUUCCGUCACGACUAAGGAAACAUUCUCGAGGUUUAAACUUGUUUAUUUUUGGUAUGAAACUGUUUUCUCUGUCUGCACGAGCUGCUACUGUAAUUCUGCUUAUGACUUUGCGUGGGAAAAAAUGUUAAGUGUACUCAACCGGAAUUUCAGUACUUUCCAGUUGUUCUGUUUGUGGUCAGGCAAGAACUAGAUGAAAUUUGUUGCGAAUGGGUGGUAUGGAAAUCUCCACAGUGCUUAAACUCAUAGGAUUGCGGUCGAUGACGGUUUGGAAUAGCAAUGAGGCCUCAUGCAGGGAAUUGCAGAUUGAAUAACGUAACGUCCUUUUCAUUAAGGUCAUAAAGAACUAACCUUUCUCAAUAGCCUACAUUUAAAAUCUAGUUCGCAGCGAGGCUCCUCGAGGCCAGAAGUUAGAAGCACUAAGAUUGCGUGCGAUAUGAAAAAAAUAAUUAGCCGUAAUACCGUCAUACAAAACUAUAAUUGUUUAUCAUAGGUCAGUGGCCGUUAUCAACGUGUUUAUGAUGUGUGAGGCAAAAUCAAAGGGUUGCCGACUUCCUGUGAAGUGUAGUUUACCAAUGACAGACGCUAUUUCCUCUAAAUUGCUCAAUAGCGAGCUUUCCGCUUCUCGGGCGUCUCUGCGUCAGUUUACUUAUUCGUAUGUUAGGAAGUUGUAGGAGCUUAGCUUAGGCGGGCGAGGUAUCUAUCUGCAGAUUUAUCUGUGUUCACUAUUUUUUUAGCGUGCGCGUGCAGAAGGAGUGAUUUCAAAGAUAACCUAUGUUCUCAAAACAACUGCUAUUUCCAUCGGAUUGCUUUCCCUAUUGACAGACUGCAGACAUUUAUCAAGCACUUCCUUGCGGACAAGGUAAAAGAAAAACGCUACUCGAAGAGAAAAUAUUUGAUUUUCAAUGGCAUUUGAUAAGUUUAAUAGGUUGUACAGGGUGGUGCAAUUAAAAUGGCGGAUCGCGUGCACUUUGAUUUACUCUUGUUGUUUUAGUUUCUUUUUCAUAUGAAUUUUGUUUUUUCUAACGAAAAGUGGCACUUGGUAAACAUGUAAUGUAAACUAGAUGUCUAUAAAAAAGCUUUUUCUGGUCACCUUAUAACUAAGCUGACAGAUACGAACUCACAGUAGUUAAGCUGAGGCCCGUCUGUCACAGAGCCCUCAACCUUAUACAUUUCCUGGUAGGCCUUUACAGCUAUACUGUAGCCAUUAAUUUACGCUGUCAGGUAUAUGGGAUAAUCUGGAAGAAAUUUUCUCUGUUUGUCUUCAAUUGAUAAUUUGAAUCACAGCGGGUCACAGAAAUUUGAGAAGUGUCAGUUUUGCGCCUACACUUUGAGUGCAGUUGCGUACUGGACGUCUUAUGACUCACUUUGAUUAUUUUAUACACGCAGGGCCUUAACAGAGUAACUAACAGAGUCUUUAGGCGUAUUUCAACAAGGAAGAUUCAACAAUCAAGACGUUAAGACAGUGAAUAACGUUUGAAGUGUUGUACGUGAGUCAUGUAUCAGCGAGUGAAGUUUGUGGGUGCCCUUUUAUGUGCAGCCGGUGCGUUAAUGCUCGUUUUACAACCCUGCGAAGCAAAACCAAAACGAGUUCGCCUCACCAUUCUCAAGUCUUUGCUUAUUGUGGAUUCGCAAGGAAUGGACGUGAUCGAAAACGCGGUUGAAUUGACGAAAAUGGCCGAGACAAAGGCGUCCAAGCGUGUUUUCAUGGAAGACAACCACUUCAUCAAACGAGUCGCAAUGGUUGAAACCUCACUGAACAGGUCGUCAAAGGUUGGAGGCCUCUGGAAUGUUGACCACUGCGCGUUCAAAACGUCACAGAGCAAACGCAAAGAGAACAAACGGCUAGCAACUUUGCUAAAAACGGUGCGGCGUACGUUUGGAGUGGCAUGGGCCAAAGUAAGAUAUAGUGAUUUAAGGAGACCUUUGUAUUCGGUUCUGGCCGCACGGAUCAUUUUGGAGAUGACUGAACGUUCCGUUCCCCGUGGUUUAAGAAACCAGGCGAAGUUCUGGCUGGAAACAUACCACGCUUGCGCGCAAAAAUCUACGCAACAACAAGAAGAAAUGAAGAGCAAAUUCAUCAGAGGUACCUUUCUAUUUAUUAUUAUUUAAUUGGCUUUAUUGCAGGUUUAUGACAGUAAGCCAAGAUAAACUAUAAGGCCGAGCGACCUGAUGCUGGCUACAGGUCAGUACGGUAAGUGUGAAGUUUGUGUGAAACAACGAAGGUUCAGCCAGCACUGGAAUGAAGACCUGGGUUGUUGACCGGAAACGCAGUGGUGGGUUCCGGUUUGCCCGACUUUGUUGCUAUUCACUAAAACUUAGAAUAACUGACUUUAACAAAUCCUCCACAAGAGGAAAGGUCGAAGACGAUCAUAUAAACUAUUUUUAAGCAAUUUGUAGUGAUUUCAGUUUUUAUUUUUAAUUUUGUAGUUUGCUCUCAUUUCGCAGUCGUGCAUGUGGACUGUGUCAGAUUUGCCCAGUUUAUAAUUUACCCAGAUUUGGUUUAUGACCUGACUUUUUUUUGGCAUUAAAACCAAAUAAAAAGAAAGGCAACUCGGAUGUGAAAACAGAAACUUCUUUGACAGUCAUUUAGAUUUCUUUUUACUUUCGCAAGGCGGGUUUUCUAGAAAAGACAGUAAAGCUUGUUUUUGGGUGUCAUUUGACGCGCGCACGGGUGGUUUUGUGUCGGAGUUUGAUCAGUUCACCAACAGCGAUAAUUCAUUGCGCUUGAACGAUUGCAAGGCAGUCGAACUUUUUAAAAAAGAGGCGAUGUUGGAAAGCCUGGCUCGAAUGCCUUGCCGUGGGUUAUCUUUUUAAAACAUGGAAGCUCCUCAUAAAAAAUACCGGCAGAACUUCCUUGGAGAAAUUUACCGCGCUGUUCCCGCGAUCACACAUCUCUGUAAACAACUUCGUAGCGGCUAAUCGGAGAGAUAUGGUUCUCACAUUUCGCGGGCAAAAUACCGUCAUUAACGUUUCAAUUAUUUUCAGCUGAUAGCUAAAAGAAAUGAUCAGUAACGUUUCUUCGUGAAGGAUAACUUGUCGUUAUUUUCACGUCUGCUUAAGUGUUAGCAAAAGUGUAAAAAGCGGCGUUCUUUUCGAAGAGCACUUCGUGGUAUAAGUAAAAACGCUGGAAAAUGCGGUUUUCCUUUUAACCCCUACAAACGUCACCGCUGAUUAAACCUGUAGCAAGGUGUUUCUAAUUUUCUCCCUAAAACAAGUCUAUUUAAGUUCUGUCUUUUUGCGAAAGAAAGAAAUUUCCACUGAAAGAACUUAAUGAUCAAUCUUUGCAUGGUUUAUUCGCUGAAGAGGAAACCGUACUUGGUCGUGAUAAAACCUUUCUGAGGUCAAGAAGCAACUUUAAAGUUAAAUGGAUUGAUUUAAUUAGGCGAUAAGACUUAUAGAGUCAAGCAAGAAGUGUGUUGGCAGUUAUUUUAGAAGUCUGCGACAUUCAGUCAAGCGCGUUGUAUAACGUUUAUAUACCUGUUUUCUAAAUGAAAACCAUUUAAGUGCAAGUAAGUCAUAAUAUGAAGAAAACAAAAGCCACACACAAAGUUUAUUGAAAUUCAAUUGGUGAUAUUCGUGGCCUAAGAUCUGACAAAACUUGUGAAAAAUGAUUUAACCAGGUGUGAAACAGACGAUUGUAAAAUUGGUUUAAGAACUCUACCUUACGUUCAUGUAAGAACCACUGACACAAGAAAAAAGUGUAGAUUUGUAGGUCUUGCAAGGCAAGCAUAUACGGCAUUUGUUAACUCAGGUACAAAGACCGCGUUUUCACAGGGGAGUAUUCUCUAAAUUCUCCUUUAAAUUUCAAUGAAAAUUGUUACGGGUAACCAGUGGUUUAAUUAACCUCACGGAGAAAAAUUCCUUCCAGGCCAUUCAGCCUGUUUUAAUGCGAAUAAAAUACUACUGUAUUUUGAUACCAUUUCAGACAUUGUUGAAAUGGUGUCCGGACUGGAUAUCUCAGUGAUAAUGAUAAAAACAGUGUACAUUUUGACUGAAAACAUGGUUUGAUCCUCGUUCGAAGUACAGAUUGAACUGUGCUGUGGUUUGUCCACCCCUACUGGACAAUUGACAUGCUACAUUUCCAAGAAAUGUUAAGUAGCUUUGAAAACAAGAAAUAGCUAAGAAAUUUGUUUUGAAAACUCUUUCAUUCUUCCGUCUCUCUAAGUGUUCUGUUAUCAAAACUAUGUUUAACCAUGGGGUCAACGCUCCAGCAACUAUCUCAGAUUAAAUAAAUUUACAGCAGAUAUGUAAACAGGAUUUGAAGAAAAUCCUUAAUGUAAACAUCUUCAAGAAGAGUGAUUCGCAGUGUUGGUGUUCAGUUUUACGUUCAUCAAAAAUUGCGAAGAAAUGUUUCGUCAACUCAAGCACGUAAUUGCAAAUUUGAUUCAAAUUAAUCACGUUGUUAAAAUUUACUCGUUAAAACAUAAACAAAUGCUUUGAAAAAGAUUUCCACCGCAAAGGGGCUAAAUUGUUUCCUGUAUUCCACCCCUUCGAUUUACAAUUCAACGGAAUGGUUUUCAAUUAAGGAAAUAAAUUUGUUUCGUAAUAGUUUUGACUUCAAUUUGACCUCCAAUUUCGUUUCCUUUUAAAUAAUUUUGGUAUAAAUAUAUCCGUCCAGAUUCGAAUGUAGUUAACACUUAAAAGUCAAGGAAUUGAGCAGAUAAUAUCGGUAUCUUAAUUAAGAGAGUUCUUAAAAUAGAUAGAUAUGGUAAAGAUGAAUUAAAGUUUUUUGAUCUUCUUUUUAAAUCUGGCACACAGCACGAAAACUGCGGCGUAUGCUUUGUAGAACAAAGAUCGCGCUUCGAACUGCCAUGGAUUGAAGUGGAGUGUGUAUUGUGAAAUCAGCCGGGUGUAACUGUACAUUACUACAUGCAUGCCUGCUAUCUAAAAGAGAAGUCAUUUUUAAAAUAGACAAAUUGGAGUAUGGUUUGCGCAGAUAAGAUAUUCCGGGACGACCACUUAAUCAAUUGCAGACCAGUAGGAGACAGUUCGGAUGUAUAGUGGGUACGAACUCAAUAAUAGCUCUGGAACUUUUGCUAAAAUUAGAUGGGAAAGAGAGAGCUUUCGUGACUUAAAAAGAGUACUUGAACUAUCCGACGACAAUGGUGGUCUAAUUCUAAUAAAAAACACCUUUCUUAACUUUUCCGCUUCUCCCCUACAUUCUGUUACUGGAUUUAUUUCUCGCUCGUGGUUUCUAGUGGAAUUGUCCAGCUAGGAAGCUAGUCGUGAAGUUGAAGUGAAAGAGAUUUAGCUUUAUAUAAUUGUCGUGUACCUAACAUAAAGAACUUGAGAUUAUCUUACAGUAAGCGGAUAAAACUAUUUUUUUUUUACUAUAACUGAAACUGAGCUGAGAAAAAGGAAAGAUGAUCUGCUUUAGAAGUUAGAGCAAACUGGAGUUAAACUGAGUUUCAUUCGUCAACGUUCUUGUGACGUGAGAGUAAGAUCAUUUCAUUAUUGACGGGGGUCGACGCUUUAUCACUACAUGCCCUAUAAGUAAUACAGAACAUUACGUUACUGGUAUCUUACUGGUGGCUUGGCAUUUCGUGCGAUUCUUCUACAUGUUUCCAUCAUUUGUUUUUAAUGGCUAUUUCAUGGCUUUAUCAGCCAGGGUGUGGCACUCAUAAGUGUUCCUUUGUCAUAACAAACUGUUUUGUGUUGAUUAACUAACAAGAGCCAUAUGUGUUUUAAUAACGUGACUACUUGCUUGCCUGCAAACACGUUAAGUAUCACCCUGUUUUCAUCGCAGCACUUUGCAAGAACGCCCCUUUUCUCUUGUAGAUGUUAGCCGCGAGACAAAGUCAUUGAAAGAAUACGGCAUGUUGACUAAGAGGUCAUGUUCUACGAUCAGAGAGCUAUUUAUUGGCACUACAAAGUCGUUUAGUAGUUUAACUUGUUCUCUGCAUUUUUGUUCGGUGAUAAAUUGCAAAUGAUACUGGCGGAGAAAUUGAAUUCAUGUAUUUUAACAUUUGCUUCUUUUCUGUUACGUGUCCAGAAGAGAAGUUAACGCCUCAAAGGGGGAAGUUCUUUAAGUCAUGAAAUUUUUUGUGGUUUUUACAUUGAUUAUUAAAACAACACGAAGUUUGGUUUCCUAGGUUAAAGUCACGGUUUCUAGAAACUUCUACAAUCGCAUUCCACAGAUAAGAGCCCGUUUUCACCCCUUAUUAGUCCUACAGUGCCAUGAAAAACGUUAUGUUGUAAAAGGCAAGCCGCAAAGCUGAAAUCGGUUUCCUUUGAACUUUUCAUUUUAUCUCAGUUUCUAAACUUUUUCCCGUUCUGGUCACGCAUUAGAGCUAAAAAUAAAUUCUUUGAUCCUCUUUUUGCAACUGUGUAAAACAGCAUCAUAGACUGGAUGGGGAGAAAUGAGAGACUUCCAGGAAAAUGAAACAUUUCUGGGUUUCGAUAACACCCCACGCACGCACGCAACCUGUAAAUGAGAUAGCUAAAUAUACCAUAUAUGUAUUCCAUAUUAUUAUCCGGAUAGAACUCGGCAAAACAAUAACUGGCUAAAUAGUUUUAGAAAUAAUCGGAAAACUGAAGAGCACUUUUUACAGUCUCUGGAAGUCUUUGCAGGGAAUCCCAGCAUGUGCUGCGAGGCAGCCGUGCUCGUUGUUGGAAAUCUUGAUACGAGCCAGAUUUGUGAAAAAUUGGGCUGAUCCAACGCUAAUUGCCUACGGUUCCAAAUUUCAGCCGCCAUGAGCAAAGUUGAGGGCGAAAAGGAAUACAUUUUGUGUUACAAAACGCUAAAACGAUCAGUUCAAGUAAAUAAGUGUUUUAUUGUUUUAUUUUGAAAAUGAACUUUUGGUCAUGUCAGUCCAGUCCAAUUUGUGUAGUAUAGUUACUCGCUGUGGAAAGUUCACGUAAGCGAAGAAGUUAUUCGUAUAAAUCACAUAAUCACCGAUUAUGACAAGCAAAUAUUUAAAGCCGGUCAUAAAGAACUUAGAUGAACUUGGAAAAACAAAUCUGUUUUCAAAGACCCGUGCUUUCUUAUGCUUUUGCAGUAUUUUUUAAUUAAACGUCAAAGUUUGGCUAAAAUUCUCGACACAACUUUUAUGUUUUAACCUUUUGUAAAGCUGUGACAAGAAAGUAUAAAGCGUCCCUCAAUACACUCUUGGUUGUGAUUAUGACAAAGUGGCUGAGAAAUUUUGCUGCUGCUUUCAAUGUUCUUGUCUUCACACGUGGUAAAGCAAAUACCACUAAUCUUAGAUACCAGCAUAAAGGAGAAAAAGUUACAUCAGUUGGCGCGUGUUUGAUAAAGUUUGACGCGUAACGAAAAAUUUGUGGAAAAUGAAGCAAUAUUCUUGCGCUCAGUGUUUUCAUUGCUUUGUUUAUUGAACCUAAACGCCCGAUAAUUCUGCCAGCAUAUCUGAAAAGUGUAGAGGCUUUUAUCAAGACAGAGUAUCAUGAAACUUUUAUUGGAGGAAAUCCUAUUGACCGUCAUGCGAUUUCAUUGUCACUGGUGCAUAAAUUUUUAUUUCUAGUAAGUAGAAACCGAAAUGAAGUUCCCAGAGGUAACUUCUUGGAAGUGCUAUUCCAUUCACUUGAAUUCACUGGUGUGGUUUGAAUUUUUUAUUUCUAUAUUUUGGUGUGCAUUAGUGUGUCAGUAAUCAUGUCCUGUUCUGUCCUCGUUCCGAGAACUCAUUUAUCAUAGAUUUUGCAGUUCAACUGUUCUCAGUGGUUGUCUUGCAAAGUUUUAAUCUCCUACAGAUGGAUAACAGGAUGAUCGGCUCAGACAACACUUUUGUGAAAGAAUUAAUUGAAGACAAACGUUCCCCCCUACUGAAAAAACAAGAUCAACAACAGUUCUCUAGGAACACGUCAAAGAUUUAUGCAAAAAUGAAUAAAUAGUCCAGACUAUUGUUUUACCUGGAAUCACUAAAAUUGUCAAAGCUACAGUAGAACGAUAUCAGUCCAAAAAAUUAACUAGUUAUAAAUUUUAGUUAGAAAGGUUAUCUAUCAUACUUCAGUGAUUCAGAAUCGGAAAAAGGCGAUGCUUGACUUUGCUAACCCAUCUCAAAAGAACAAAAGAUCCAGUAAAACGGCAAACACAGCAGUAGCAACAAUUACUGUAGUAGAAACUAAAACAAAAACACUAUAAGCCCUGCAAUUUGAAUCCGCUAAAGCCACAGUUUCGUUGAUGCACAGUCAGUGGUCAAACUCGACCUGUCCACCACUUUUCCUCAUUGUAGUAAAAGUUUUGACGCACGUAACCCAUCUAAUUUACUUCCUUCUUCAAUGCAAUAUUAUUUGAGGAUAAUAAGCUGAUAAAACUACCCCCAGCCGGCAAUUCAAUCUAAAUUAGUUAUGCUCUAUUUUAAUACCCUUUUUCAAGUAUCGUAGAAUAGCGGACUUGUACAGUUUGUUGUGCGAUUCGAGGAAAGUCGGCAGUUUUGGCGUAAUCAGAUCUGUUAUUUUGUUUCCGGUGUUUCACACUACAUUAAAUGCCCUAGGCAAUGGAUAUGAAGGUGUAUCACGACAAUCAUGAAAGCCUGAAAUAACUGCCUCAUUUAGUUGUCUCAAGCGAUAUUGAGAUUAACUGUGGUAAAUUAACAUGCUUUACUGAAUGUAUGCCGCAAACAAAAAGCCUUUUCCUCGACUUUCAAAGGUCAGGAGUAGGACUAUAAUUUAGGCUCAUUAACUAACUGAUGACAGAAGUUUGAGAAACGUUGGAAGAGUAGCCGCCUGGCUUUGAAUUUUUAUCUUUUUGAUGGGUGUAGAUUUCUUUGUCAUCAUGUAAUUGGCUUAGUUGAAAGGGGCCUAAAAAAGUAAGGGAUUAUGUUGAGUUUUGUUGCCUGAUUCCUUUUUACCUUAAUCACAGCUUAACUAACUUUCAACCUCGAGUAAGUUGAUGUUUCAACUAACUGCUGAGUACUGUGGACAAAAUUUUAGCGGAUGUGAUCUCGUUGACUGCGGUGAACAGCUUCACAAAUUUUCGAUCAAUUUUCAAUUCAUGGCACGCUUGAUGCUUUCAGCGUUUAUAAUAGGAUUUCUUCUCUUUGAUGUUCAAUUUAGCAGCCUGUGUUGGGAAUGAUGAAUGAUGUAAAAACCAUCAAUAUCGUCAGUUAACUGUUAACUGUUCGUGCUUAUUUCCCGCAUACUUUCGUUUCCUAAUGCGCCUUUCAGCAGGAAUUUAUUUAGCUUCAAAUCUUCUAGUGCUUCAACCCUUCCGUUUUUGACAUAGUUACUUGUUCAUUUCUUCCAUCUACGUAGUCCAUAGUCCUUUUCAUUUCUUUUGAAAUUUUGAGCAAUUAAAAGUAAAAAUUGCCAGCCAAGAUAGGUCUUUCUAAAACUAGCCCUCGAGCCUCGAGCAGGGCGGUAAGGUGCAAAUCCUCUAAGUCAGCUUGAAGGUGGAGUAACGUUUCACUCCCUUACGUGGUGAAUUUGGGUAAGCGCGCUGCGAACUCUUUACCCCCAACUUGGAAUAUGAAAAGCGAUUCAUACACUUGAGUUGAGACAAAAGCCUUAAAGCUGUCUCAAAUGUUCAUUUAAUAUUUGGACAGGAAGAGGACGAUCAAAAACGUUUUUCUAAUCUUAACCAGGGACCCUUUAUCUUUUGCUUUGCUGCUUUGAAAACCUGUUUGCACAGGUCGUUUUUCGUGUGAUUUUUCCCUGAAAAUUUUGUUGUGAUUUUGUGUCCUUUUCUUGGCGAUUUCAUUGUAAUUUUUCAAUCUUUAUGAAUAAUCCAUGGCGCUAACCAUGGCUACAGUCGCGUCCCCAGAGCUGUCAUUCUUUAGGCCAGCGUCACGAAUCAAUCCAUGGAUCCAUGAUGGCGCUGACCAAAAGAGUCGCAGCUUUUGAAACGGGAAUAAUGGUGCUGUUUCUGCACAACGCAUGCGUUAUGAACACUUAGCCACCACGGUAUUUUAUUGCAAGAUAACCGAGAUAACUAAGCGGGUUACCAUCCUUAGCAACAACGUUUGAGAUUUGUCAGUAAUUUCGCAUUUUCUUUAACAGGCAAUCAUGAAUGUGAUCUUGUUACAAGUGCUUUUUCACUAUUUACAUUAAUGCAUUUUCUUCAAUUCUGUUUGUUUCCUUCGCUUAGUGUUUCGCGUCUGUUGAUAGGUUAGAGAAACGACCGUUGUUGUUCCUGAAAAGGCUUUGGUAAUCUGGUGUCUGUCUCGCCGUAAUCAGUAAAAUGUGUGGUUGUAUGUUUAAGCUCUGCUUUUCGAUUUUCAACAGUGAUCAACCUAUACUGAUACGCACCUCUUGAAAUCAGCUCAAUUAGCCCGUAAUGUUCUUACUGAUUCCCCUGUGUUUUUUUCCUUUUCUCUAUAUGCAGUCGUUAAAAGGUCCUGCCACAGUGAGCUGCUUAAGUGUGAACACUUCUGUCGUGAGCCGGCCAAUGAAAAGGCUGAAUGUGGGUGCAAGGGUGGCUAUGUUCUCCAAAGUGAUGGCACAUCUUGUGCAGGUAAAACUUAAAAAAGCUCAAACCCCACCACGUCUUGGAGCCCCCGAAAAAGCUCAGCCACGAACUAUAAGAUACCAGGCUUUACACAAGUCGAUCCUUCUUCCUCGAUAAAAGCGAUAUAGUCUGUGCUUGUAAACGACACAGAUUAGCAUACGAUUGCUUAACAUAUGAGACAGCGACUGUCGAUAACAAAGGACAGGAGUACAGUUCUCAUUCAUCUUUAUCUUUUAUCUUAAAUUGUAAUAGCCGUCAAUUGAAACUUAACCGACGAUAUAUUAUUUAAAAGUGUUUUUUGAUGGUUUAAUGUAAAAACAUCCCAUUUUCAUUUGAUAAAUGGCAAGUGGCAUUCGACUGUCGAUAGCAAAGUACAAUAGUACAGUUCUCAUUCACCUUUAUCUUUCAUCUUUUAUUGUAAUAAUUGCCAACAGAAACUAAUUUGGCGAUAUAUUCUUGAAAUUUGUUUUUCAUGUUCUUCAUGUAAGUUAACACCCUUCUUCAUAUGACAAAUGGCAAGCGGCAAACGGCAAUCGAAAUAAACGGCGGGAAAAUCUUGUAGUCAUCGUUGCUGUAACGUGAGCAACCGUUCCUGCAUUUAUGGAAACACUUCUUUGUCCCUUUUUGAUCAUUUUGUAGCCAGUAUAUAAUAGUAAUCCAAGAAAAUUAAUUUUGCAAUUGCUUUCUAUGACAGUUACCUCAAAUGUUUCUUGAAAAACGACAUUUUCUUUUCAGCUGGGUCUUCUCGAUCACCAACUAGUACCAAGGCUGCUGAGCCUCAGUCGACUGAGACCGGGUGUGGGAAUGGACUCAAGUGUGAACACAAGUGUAUAAAGUACGGUGGCAAAUCUCAGUGCACGUGCAAUAACGGCUAUCAGCUGCACAUGAAUGGCUUUAGUUGUGUUGGUAAGUUUUCUUACUGCACAACUCAAUUUCUUACUUGACUAACAAGGGGUACUUACCAUUUUUAUAUAUAGGAAAACCGCAAGUUCUGGUUAGAAAAUCAAAUGGUUCGCGGAAUUCCGUUUGGGAAGCUUCAGAAAAUAUGGGCUGUAACUUGGUGCGAUGUAAUUUUUUUUCUCCUUUGAUUUUGACAUAAUUUGUGACGGGUCGUUCUCCCACCUCGUCAAAUUUUAUAGUUUUUUUAUGAAGCAAGCUCUCCUACAGGUUACGGUUUGUAAGCGGGUAUGAGUUGUCUCGGGAUGAGAAUGUAUAUAAUACGAUUGCUUAGGACGAGGUAGUUUGAAGGCAAACUUACCACCAAAAUCACCUCCUUCUCUGUGCAAGGAAGCUGAACGAGGGCCAAAAAAAUAAUAAUACGGCUACCUGGGGAGACUGGGAUCUACAGUAAAGGGUACGAAAAAACAAAUCUUUCCCGAUGUAUGGUCAUAACCCCCUCUUGUAGAACAAUGCCAAAUCUUGUUCACAUAUUUAUCAAACAAUGCCUUGUUUGCAUGUUUUAAAAGUAGAAGUUAGCUUAGAUGGAAGGUUUUUAGGUGAAAGUUGUAAAACAAAAGUUCAGUAAUAGUUUGAACGAAGAACGUUUACCUCGUUCUGUUUGCCUUGAAUUCAUAAUUAUAGGCCACUUCUUGGCUCAAAUCAAGGGAGACUGGAUCUCCAUAGCGUAUUGCUCAAAUUACAAAAUUGUUCAUCUCUGAUAUAUUCUUUGUUUCCAGACAUAAACGAAUGUCGGCAGUCACCAUGCUCACAGCUGUGCACAAACUCUCCAGGAUCAUUUUCUUGUUCUUGUAAAUCAGGAUUCGAACUGCAAUCGGAUAAAACCACUUGCAAAGGUAAAAGCAAACUGCAGACUGACAGGUCUGUGAACGGACAGUCUAGUCUUGAUAGCCUGGCAAAAUAGUCCGAUAGUAGGGCUUAGUAGCUAUCGAUAGAUUGCGUCAUCGCUCAGGGAGUGUGUGCCACGGUAUAGAUACUUAGCUUGGUACCUCUCUGGUCCCAUAUAUGGUGGAGUCUUGCUAACCCUCGUAAAUACGCACAACCUUCCAGAUUUCUCUACGCUGUAUAGUGACGCGUGUCUGAAGUUAAGAACAUUAAGGAGACAGCGUGGCCAAGCGGUUAGAGAGCAGACUUUUAAUUUAGAGGCUCACAUCCUCGGCCACGCUUGUAAAGUAGCCAGUUAGUUCGCCUUCUACCAGCUGGAAUUCUUAACCAUGUUAUGUUACAUUUGAAUUUUUUGUUUCUUAAUCCCUUAAAAAUCCCAUAAGUUCAGAGAAUAUUUAAGUAUUUACAUUUACAUUCAGUUAAAAUCCAUGGAAAACGCGAGCGAAUAUUAUGUGUAUAUUACAAUUCUAUCAACAGAAAAGAAGAUUAACUGUUCACCGAACGAUAUCGCUUGCAUCGAGAAAUGUUCCCAGUCUGGGAACUGUUCAUGCCCACCAGGAAGCGUGAUGUCCCCGGAUGGAGAGACAUGUGUUGGUGAGUGUUUCAAUCCUUUCUACUGUACACUCCGUGCAAUCUCUUGCCAUUUCUAUGGUCAGUCGUUAAUUAAAGCCUCCGGUCGACACUUGUGUCUCCGCUGAACAAUGGAAACGGUUCUCUUCAUCGCCUUUAAGGAGUUGCGCUCUGCCAGGAAGUCUGUAGUAAACCGUUCAUAUGCGCACAUGUUUUUUGUCGAGAACUCGAUCACAGUCUCACAACUUGAUACCGUAAGAGAAAGACCUGGUACGGAGAAGAGACCCGCUCACUAACAUUAUUACAGCUCAUGUAGAACCGUAAAAUUUUAAUCUUGUUUUAACGCGCUAUUUUGAGUUCUGUUUUACCCGAUUACGAUUAAUGCCGGCCAGCUUACGCAAGAUUAAGAGGUACCAUUACCAACAAUUGGUGCUUCUUGAAAUCUAAUCGAAGUGUCUGUAACAAUGGAAAUUUCCUAAGAACGGUCUGGUCUUGCUAGGUUUUUUAUAACAGAACAUGUAAACUGUGUUUUAUGCCAAGGACGGAUCGGGAAAGUAUCUAAGAGAAAAACUUGAACGAAACGUCGAGUCGGUGAUGUUAUUCGGGAAUAUUUAGUUCUAUGGCUUGCCCACUUGUUACAGAAUGAGUCUUGCCUGGUCUGUCAAUGGCUAAAUUGUACCCCAGCGGGAAAACUUCCCUACUUGUGCUGUUGUGUAGUUUCGGCGAAAAACUUUGGGAGUUCCUCCGGAGGACAAAAGAUCUUAAACUGGUUUUAGAUCGUGUGUUUAAAUUAACAUAGCUCAUUUUCACGUCAGUUGUUUAUUAUAAUCGAGAACCAUCAAGCAAACAAACAAAGAGAAGUUCUAGAGUUUAGCAACUAAUUUUUGAUGGUUUUUUGAUGUUCGCUGUGAGGCGUUAGAGGUCAUUCGAUUAUUUUACUUUUCUAUCUAAACAUUUCGAGCUUAUUACCGUUUGUAGUGUAAUCCAAAAUAGUAGCAAUUUAAUGGGAAAACGUUACUCAGUCGCUUCUCUCAUCUUAUGCAAAAUAUAGGAAUUCUCAUUUGGGGCUUGUAACUACUUUACCUUCUGUGAAUCAUUAAAUUUGAUAUUGAUAAACCCAGGAACAAAGACAGGAAACAAUGGCAUUUGUGAAUAGACAAAUUUAGAAGUUCAUAGUUGACCUCUGCAUAUACCUGUAGACACUAAGUCUGGGGUCUAAUUGCUCUUUUGACACAGUUCGCUUUACAGAUUUCAAAUAGUAUUUCCGGCAAGUAAAGGGAAAAAUUAAAAACCAAAAUAAUUAUUAAAAAAAAACCUUUUUUUUCUCACGCAUCGGAGCAUGUUUUAGAGACCUUUUACGAAGUGCUCUUAAACAUAAUUUAACUAAUUUUAGCAGUGGCUGGUUCAAUUUGGGCACGGUUAAUUUCCACUACAUUGUGUUCAUUAAUUAACGCCAGAUAAUGGCAAAAGCUGGAGCCUUCGCCGUGUAGAUGUCGAGUGUUUGCUUAGCUCGGAUAAGGGACUGCACUGACAUAGGCUAACAAUACAGCAGUUUUAGAGAAACGAAUACGUGUCGUUGCUUUACAAGCCAAUCUGUCAGAUCAUCGGUGGCUCUUUGCAUUUCAAUAAACAAUUUGCACGUCAGCAUCGUUCGGCCACUUCCACCAUCACUCUUCAACGUUUCAUUUCUUUAAGUGUUGUUUUGUUCAGAUUGUUACCGUCGCCUAGUUACUAUACAUUCCUGUUCAAGCUAAGCUCCUAUUUUCUCCAUUAACUCUGGCAGGAACGAUCGCCACGUAGGAUAUUUAAGUAAUUGUUUUUUAAUAGUAUUGGAAUCCCAUUAGUCUAAGCCGACUAGAGCCAAUACAGACAUCGAAAUGAAAUCUUCUUGGAAAUGUCCUUUAAGAUCGCAGGCAGUCGAAAGUUUAGCUUUGUUCUGCUUAUUCCAUCCGUACAAAUGAAGAUAAUGAAUUUGGUAGAGUAAUGGCUUUCUUGGGGUGACAAUUGUUUUGUGGCAUUAGAAUAGAAAAAGUUUAAAAGCCUUUAAAUUCUUAGUGAUUUCUUUCAUCACAAUGGGUAUUAUGGAAAAUUGUUUUGCUCCAGAUGCAUUUCAUAAGUUUCCAGGUCUCAUCUAUCUGUCUUUAUGGUCUCUAUGUCUCAUCACAUUAACGUUUCAAAUUCAAACAAACAUUUUAUUUUAAAAAAGCUUAAAAGCAAUGGCUUUGUCACCGACUGACUUGGUAACUACAUGCCCUCACACUUUGUAGUCCCUCUUCUUUUAACGUUGUUAACCCCUUAAGUUUUCGUUUUUUUCAUAUUACUUUUAGAGGUAAACGAGUGUAGCUUGUUCAGAGGAGUUUGCCAUCAGAACUGUGUGAACACACCUAGAGGAUAUCGCUGUUCCUGCAGUCAGGGAUAUGAGCUGGAUAACAAUGGAAUUUCCUGCACAGGUGAAUUAAGGGAUGGGGAAGUGAACACAUGACGACGAAUUUCUCUUUCUAAACUCCGAUACAGUCCUUUAGAAUUCAGCUUCAGAAAAAUUCACCAACAUUUGACAAAUUAAACGAGAUGGAUUAAGAGUGACGUGGUGUGAAACAGCGCGAAUUCGCUUUUCAAGGCGACAUCCCAGUUUGCGUUUGUCCCAGUAGAGAUGAGAUGUUUGACGUCACUUUACCAUGGUAGCAAAGUUUCUGGAUCACAACAAUACGGAGCCUAAGCAACGACGACGACGCAGUGAGAGCGCAAAAAACCAAUAGGCUUAUAUUAGUAAAACAUCAGCUUUACAUGUGCAUCACCCUUUUUUGUACAUUCCCUAGCCGUCGUUGCAUGACUGCAACAUGAAGUGUCCUAAUUUGACGCGCCCCCUUGAUGGAGUAGGUGAACUCAAACAAAAAUUUUUCUUUUUCUUUUUCUUAACUUAGCUACGGUCGUUUCGGAUACAGCCCCCCAAAAUUUUGCCAACAUUUGUCAAAUUAAAUGAAAUUGAAUAAGAUCGAUGAAGUUUGAAACAGUGCGCAUUCGGUGACGUUUUCGGUUUACUAUUACCCAGAAAUUUUGCUACCGUGACGUAACGACUUCUCUCUAUUUUCAAGAAGACCUAGCCUCUGUCAGGCUCUCAGAAAGAACGGACAUCGCAAAAACAAACCCGGCGAAAACAAGACGCGCGUGAUCUGGGGACGUGGGCGGUGGCGGGAAAGGAAGAAUCGCCUCCUCUCUCCCCAGCCCCCGCGUGUCAGUUUUCCUAUCAUUUUUUGGAACCUGGAAAAGGCUACGAAGACCUCUCCAUAACUAUCACAUGAAAGCAAACGGAAAGAAAACACCUAUGUUCUCACUCUACCUCAGUUGCUUUAUUUUGUUUUCUGUUUGAUUGACUGUCUUUAUUUUUACUCGUAUUAAAAUGCCAUAAUAAGCAAUUAUACGGCCAAAAAUAUUCUUUCUUCCCCCUCAAAAUCAGUGUGUCACAUUACACCUCGGACCACCAUAACGGCCACAUUCAUCUUCAACGGCCACUUACCUCUGCCCCAAGGUGGCGGUUGAAUUGAGGUUGGACGAUACUUUAUAGGACUGCCCCUCCAUAAAAACACUAACAUUUGAUUUUGCACUUGACUUGGUCGGUAGUGCCAGUAGGUCAGUCAAAGAGAAAGGUACUAAUCGUAUUAAUUACAUCCAUUUGACAUCCUGGUGCAAAACAAUGAAAUUGCGCUUCACAAAAAACCUUUCCUAUCCACCAUAUUGUGAAGCACCUAACCCAGUUUUUCACCUUUCCUUUUUCUAUUUUUUUUUGGCGCUAACGUCGGUUCUGUUUUAUCGUGGCAGAUAUUGACGAGUGUUCGCGGGGAAGUCAUGGAUGUCAUCACAACUGCCGUAAUGUUCCUGGUUCUUAUUUUUGUUCAUGCAGACGAGGAUUUCGCCUCAGUAAUGAUCUUAAGACUUGCGUAGGUAUGGAACGCUUUCAUUAUAGCCUAAUUUAAAAAAAAAAAAACGAAAACCAACAGUCCCCACUCGCCUUACAAAAUGAAAUAGGUAUAAGCAGUUAGCGUUUGAUCUCAACAAUCAGUUCAAACUGUUCAUGCGUCUUUGAACUGGUCAUUUGUCCAGAAAUUAGACAGUGUUUUCAGGUACAUUAUCAGCGGCUAUGUUAGUUUCUUGAAACAAAAGAGUGUGUCUACGUAAGAAAAGAGUUGAAGUCCUACUGGAUUGGUCUGUAUAACCAACAUGAAAGUCACACAUUUCGUUGUUUCGGUAUUGCGGAGGCGACCCCAUCUGAAAUGGUGUACGGGGUGUCGAAAUUAACACCAAAGGACAGCUCGGAAAAGAAGGAACCUGUUUCAAGCGAGGGAUAAAAGAGUUAAAAGAGAGAGAUACAAGCCUAAUAUCUUGAAAACCUUUUUCAUUGUUGUAGAUAUAAACGAGUGCGCCUUGUAUCCUGGCACGUGUCCUUUUCCCUCGAGAUGCCGUAACACGAUUGGUGGACAUACCUGUGAAUGUCCCAAGGGAUUUGUGAUGGACAGACAAAAAAUCUGCGUUGGUAAGUAUACAUGUGCAUUGCAUACUUUAAAUAUGUUACAGGAACCUAAACUGGCAUCCAGAUCUCCCACGGACAAAUCUACAGACGGUCGGCCAGUGAAUUCUGGGUAGCAGAUUAGUAAGAACCCUGAAAUGCUGGAAUUAACAAAAAUUCUAUUGAUUUCCACUUGAUUCCUUUUUGCGAUUCAACUAAGAUUUAGUGCCACGAGAAAAUCCUGCCAAAUGCUGAAAAUUUCUUGAUAAAUGUUACCGUACUAGCGCAUAAAAAUUGUUUAAAAAAAUCCCCCUGGUUAUGGAAGAGUGAGAAAGAAAUGUGCUAAAACUUAAAAACGAUGGUGGGCCAACGUUUGCAAAUUUAACAGUGUUAUUUAGAAACGUAUUGCCAAGCCAUCGAUUUUGGUUUGCUCACACUUUAUCAAAUGAUCUUUUUUCUUUCUUUCUCUUGUUGCUCUAAUUAAUGCCAUUUUGGACAUCUGCUGAGAGUACUUCAUCGUUGUUUAAGAUAGAAGAAGUACAAACAACAAUUUACAAGUUGUUAUAGACGUGCUUUUAAUGAGUGUUGUGUUCUUUUUGUAGAUGAGAAUGAAUGCGCAAAAUCAAACGGAGGUUGCAGUCAAAGGUGUGAAAAUUUCCCAGGAAGUUUUAGGUGUUCGUGUCAAUACGGCUUCAUGUUACAAGCAGACAGGAAAACUUGUAAAGGUAAACACUCUUUGUAGACCGCAAGCCUAGUAAUCUUAUUUUAGUGUGAACGGCGCACUCAUCGUACAGCGAGCGGUGAAUUUGUGAGACGUGAGAGACCAGGGUGUGCUGAUUUAGCAACAGAACGGGAACGGCAGUUGACGAUGGCGCGCGCAAAUCAAACAACUGGCUUGACCAAUGGCCAAAAGUGUGGUACAAAACCUAUCCGAUGUGUGACGCUCCACGUUCGUGGUCGGCGCGGCGUAGCUUCGCUUUCUAUUGUGUGAACGGAAGCCUUAUUCGGACUUAGUCUCCCUCCUUUCUGCCGGUAUUCAAGACUACAAGUACACCCUGAUAGGUAGUAGAGCUAGCGAAAACUCGAGCCUAGGAAAUAUGGCUCUACAUCCUGUGACGACACGCAACACAAGGUGUAAAGGGGAUUGAGACUACUCCUAGUCUACGCGCGUUAUUUGUUUUAUAGCCAAAUAGGUAGACAAUCCCACAGAAAUUCAGAGCUGGCAAAAGCUCGGAGAUCGAUGGGAGAUAGGGGUGUGAUCACAAGCAACCCACGGUAGGGGAAGAGAGGGCACUGAAAGCGAGUCCGUGUAUUAUGGGAUUAUCAACACAAGACGCACAAAGUGUGGUGUUUAUCAGGCCAAUAUUGAACGAAAUACAGCCAUUCUCUAAAAUUUGUAUAAGUAAUGGCAUGAUUUGUAGAGAUAUUUGGCAUAAAUACCACGAGUGAUAUUUCGGAAUUGUUAUACAUAAUUUCACGAGCCGUUAGGCGAGUGAAAUUUGAGACAAUUUUGAAUAUCACGAGUGGUAUUUAUGCCAAAUGUCACGUAAAAAUCAUGCUAUUAUUUGUUUAUACUACUACCCACAACACGUUUGUAAUUUUCCCAUGUAGGUAUAUCAUACCACUGCUCUAAGCCAAUCAAAUUCCAGAAAUUUCUCAUGUAGUAGUAUAAACUGAGAAACCUAUAGACGUCCUGACAAUAGUUCAUUCAAAGCGAAGCUAUUGACAUGAAAAUGAUUUUUUAUUCUCAUGCAAAAUAAAACUCAUUUUCAAAAACAAAGUUUUUGCACUUAGCUUCGUUUCGGAAAUAGCCUGUUGUUCGGAAUUCCGUAAAUUUCUUAGUAAAUUUUUAAGUGUUUGAAUGGCCCCAUCUUGUUAUAUAUAGCCGCGCUUUUUCACAUUCCUAACGAAAAGCUGUUUGUUUUUCAGAUAUCGAUGAAUGCAAAAGAUACUCAUUUUUGUGCCAAUUUAGUUGCGUGAACACUCCAGGAGGGUACAAAUGUUCUUGCCCACCUGACAAGCUCCAACACCCUAAUGGAUUUAUGUGCCUAUAACGACCCAUACUGCGUGUUCUCCUACUGGAGUGGCCAUUUAGACAGUUAAACAAGGAAACUUUUGGAAAUGGCUUAACUGAAAGAGAAUACCUGUAUGAUAAAAGCUGAAAACCUUCUGAUCAGCCAUAUUCAGUACCAACACGCCCACACACAUUGUCCGCAAGGAACUUGUUUCAGUUCAAAGCAGAACAAUUUUAAACAUUUCGAGGAUAGAAAAUCAGAGCAUCUACCCGUGUCGAUUACUCGGAAAGCGAAAACAUGGACAAGAAGUAUGGUGACGGCAGCGCUAAUCCCAGGUCUGUUUUAUUGACCAUUAAAUGCACUGAGUAAAGGACAUUCGAUUACAUUUUAAUUGUAAAGGAUUCUUUAAGACUGUAAAUACCGUGGCCAUUAAUGUUGUAUUUAAUUUACCUCGGGUAAGGUAAAAACUUAGUGAAAUCUUUUUUAGUUUAGUGAAGUUUCAAAAAAUAAACUGAAAAAAGUUACUUCAUAUUUCGAAGCCAGCUGUAAGGGUGAGACAAUCCCAAGACAUGACACGGUGGAUCUACGUUACUAUUGACUGGUGAGAAUGAAUUGAUAUGUUUUCAUUGCCAGAUUUCGUUUGUAUGAAAUACAGUCAGGACGUUCCUUUAAUUCUUGGAAAAA